AAUCUUGAAGAGAAUUUUGUUUUUGUGUCCACCAACAACCAUCUAUUUUUGUUGUUUUAAUGAAUAAAUUCUUCAACCGAUCAUCGAACGUUGUAUGUAUUGCAAGGUGGAUUUUUUUUUCUCUCUGUUGGUGUUGUUGUUGUUGUGGAUUCAAAAUUAUUAUUAUUGACGACAUUUUGGUGUGUGUGUGUGUGUGUGUUCAGUGCUAAAUAAAUAAUCCUGGUUAUAGUCCGAUUUGUGUCAGUCAUUAAAUCUCUCUAUCUCAAACACACACACACACACACACACAAAUCCCAAGGCCAAGUGAAAGUUUCUUUUUUUUUUUGGCCACAUUUACAAAUCAAUUUGUUUGUAAAAAAGAGAUGAAAUAAUUUCCAAUACAUUCGAUUUCGAAUGUAAUCAUCAUCGUAUGCAUCCAUAUAUAUCGUAUUAUGAUUGCACCACCCAUUUCCUUCCGUUUUUCAUUGAUUUUUUUCCCCACUAAUUAAUUAGAAACAAAAAAAAAAAUUUUCAUUUGACACAUUUAACAAAAAAAAAAAUUCAUCAAUACAAAACAAACACACAAAAUAGUCUAUAUUAUUAAACGACAACACAAAUCAUAAACAAAUCAAAAAAAAAACCAUGUCAACAUCAGUGGUCCAAAUGAUGGACAUAUCGACCGCUGGUGCUAUUUCUAAUGCCCACCAACGCCGAACAACAAUAACAACAGCAGCAGCAACAACGACAACAACUUUAGCCAAUAAUAAUAAUAAUAAUAAUAACGGUGAUUUAAUUAUAAAUAACGGAUCAUUAUCAUCAACGACCAAUCACCAUCAUCAUCAUCAUCAUUUACUUCAUAAUCAUCAUUAUCAUAAUAAUAAUAACAACGGUCCUAUUAAUUUUGCCAUGAAAUUUUUCAAUAACAACAACAACAACAAUAAUAAUAUUGUGGUAAAUGCUAAUCGUAAGAAUAUUUUGACAUCAUCAUCAUUGUCAUCACCAACAACAUCUUCGACAUUAUCAUCAUUAUCACCUGCCGCCGUAACAACACCAACUAGUUCACCACAAGUGCAGAUUAAAUUGGAACCACGUGUACCAAGUCCAUGUACAGCCGAUUUAGUUUGUAUGGCUGUCAAUGGUAGUACAGUAGCCGCAACAACGGCUGGAUCUAAUACAACCACCGGUAUUGGUGGUGUAAAAUCAACAACAACAACAACAGCAACAAAUAUAUCACGUCUACCACAUUUGAAUGGUGGUGGAGGUGGUGGUGGUGCUACUACUUCCGUUACAGGUAGUUCAUCAUCAUCGAUUAUCAAAGAUCUCUCAUUACAUUAUCUUUCGACAAAAGGACAACAACAACAACAACAGCUUUUGAUUACAACAGCCAAUGGUGGCAUAGCCAAUAUAUCUACCACCACCAAUACAAUCAAUCAACAUAACAAACAAGAAUCUCAGGAUCAUCAUCAUCAUUCAUCAUCGAUAUCAUCAUCUGGUCAUCAUUUAACGCCUUUAACAUUAACAACAAAACAGGCACCGGUUAUGGUGACAAUACCAAAUGGUGGUGAUAAUCAAUCACCACCACCGCCAUUAUUAUUGAUGAACAAUAGGAAUCAUCAUCAUUAUCAACAGAAUUCUCAAUCAUCACCUCCAUCAAUGUUGACCUCAUCAUCAUCACCAACAGCAACAUCAACAACAUCAUUGCCAUCACCAUCAUCAACAACAACAACAACGACAACAAAUGGCCAUUUUUCAAUUUCCGGUACAAAUAUUGGCCUUAAACGACCACAUGAUGAAGCCUUUGGUCCACAUCAUCAUCAUCAACAUCAUCAUACUAAUGGUGGUGGUCAACAUCAUAGUGAUUCAUUAAAUAUGCCAUCAUCACCACCAUCGAUAAAUGGUCAUAAUAAUACAAUACAUCAGAUGCCAACAACACCGAACAAUAAUAGUGUGGUUGCAUCACCAACAUCAUCAUCAUAUAGUGAUUUUGGUUCAGCAUGCAAAGAAGAGAUGAGUCCAUCAAACAGUGUGAAUGGUUAUACAAAUGUCGAUAGUUUGGGUGGUUUAGAUCCAAAAAAGAAAAAAGGACCAGUACCAAGACAGCAAGAAGAAUUAUGUCUAGUUUGUGGUGAUCGAGCUUCAGGAUAUCAUUAUAAUGCAUUAACUUGUGAAGGCUGUAAAGGAUUUUUUCGCCGUAGCAUCACAAAAAAUGCUGUUUAUCAGUGCAAAUAUGGAAACAAUUGUGAGAUUGAUAUGUAUAUGAGAAGAAAAUGUCAAGAAUGUCGAUUAAAAAAAUGUCUUUCGGUCGGUAUGAGGCCUGAAUGUGUUGUACCUGAAUAUCAAUGUGCUAUGAAACGUGAAGCAAAACGUGCUAUUAAAGAUAAAGAUAAACCGAAUUCAACCACCAAAGAAGGUCUUUCACCAAACAAUAAUAAUAACAAUAAUAAUUCAACACAAAUGAUGAUGAUAAUUGAACAAGAAAAACAGCCAUUAACACCAAUAAUGAUGACAAAUAAUAAUAAUAAUAAUUGGAAUGGUUCACAAAAUGGUGAUGUUGAAAUUGCUAGAAAAUUAACAAAUGAACAGGAUGAGAUAAUCAAAAAACUAGUCUUUUAUCAAGACGAAUUUGAAUCACCAUCAGAGGAUGAUAUUAAAAAGAUAGCGCCUUUUCCAUAUGGUGACGAUGAAGAUGAUAAUAAAAGAAGGUUUCAACAUAUUACCGAAAUGACUAUAUUAACUGUGCAGCUAAUUGUUGAAUUCUCAAAACGUGUACCAUUUUUUGAUAAAUUAUUUCGUGAUGAUCAGAUUACACUUUUAAAGGCAUGCUCAAGUGAAGUGAUGAUGUUACGAUGUUCACGUAAAUACGAUAUCAAAACCGAUUCAAUUGUUUAUGCAAAUAAUCAACCAUAUACGAGACAAAAUUAUAGCAGUGCUUGUAUAGCAUAUGUGGCCGAUACAUUAUUUAAUUUUUGUCGCCGAAUGCAUAUGCUCAAGGUUGAUAAUGCUGAAUAUGCACUAUUGACUACGAUUGUUAUAUUUAGUGAUCGACCACAUUUACUUGAACCACAUAAAGUGGAAGAAAUACAAGAAAAAUAUAUUGAAAUAUUACGCAUUUAUGUGGAAACACGUCGUCCUCCGAACAAAUGUCAUUUUGCCAAAUUAUUAGGCAUAUUAACCGAAUUACGUACAUUGGGUAAUAUUAAUUCGGAAAUGUGUGUAUCACUCAAAGUACAAAACAAAAAAUUACCACCAUUUUUGGCCGAAAUCUGGGACAUACAAGAUUUUUCUUGAAACGAAUAAUAGUAGUGAGAGAAUAUUGGAAUUGAAAUCGGACAUUUUCUCGUUUUGAUUUUUUUUUUUUGUUUUGUUUUGUUGGAAUGGAAUGUAACAUCAUC